CUCUCUCUCCCCCGCUGGCCCUGAUAAGUGGUUGCUCAAUUCUCUUUGCUCUGUGUUCAGGCUCGGCGAACGUCACUUGGAUUCUGCUGUUCUUUGUGUCCCAUUAGUAAGACAAUGGACAGCAGCAACCAAUCAGAGGUGUCCAGCGAGCAGAGCACCACUCCUGCCACGCCAGCCCAGCCAAAUGGCUCGGAGGUGCAGUACGUGGACCCUAUAGAGGACUUCAGCCGGCAGCUGGAGGACAUUAUCAACACGUAUGGCUCAGUGGCCAGCCUCAUGGAACAGCACGUCGAGGCCCCCGAACCUGAGGAGUCGGACAAGGCCGACGACGAUGCUAACGGAGAGCUGGGGGAGGAGGCCACACCCUCAAAGGACAACGGCAAGGACCAGAAGCUGGAGAAGAAGAUGCUCAAAGGCCUUGGAAAAGAGGCCACACUGCUAAUGCAAAAUUUGAACAAGCUCAACUCGCCAGAGGAAAAACUGGAAGCGCUCUUCAAAAAAUAUGCAGAACUGCUGGAGGAGCACCGGGCGCAGCAGAAACAGCUGAAGACCCUGCAGAAGAAACAGGCCCAGACCGUGAAGGAAAAGGACCAUCUCCAGAGCGAGCACAGCCGUGCAAUACUGGCCCGCAGCAAGCUGGAGGGGCUGUGCAGAGAGCUGCAGAGACACAACAAGAGUCUUAAGGAGGAGUCUCUCCAGCGGUACCGUGAGGAUGAGCUGAAGCGCAAGGAGAUCACCACUCACUUCCAGAACACACUGACUGACAUCCAGGCCCAGAUCGAGCAGCACAGCAACCGCAACACCCAGCUGUGUAAGGAGAACAGCGACCUGGCCGAGAAGCUCCAGAGCAUCAUCAGCCAGUACGAGCAGAGAGAGGAGAGCCUGGAGAAAAUCUUCAAACACCGUGACCUACAGCAAAAACUGGCAGAUGCCAAACUGGAGCAGGCCAACAUGCUGCUCAAGGAGGCUGAGGAGAAACACAAGCGAGAGAAGGAAUAUUUGCUUAAAGAGGCAAUUGAAAAAACAAAGAAAUGCUACGCAAUGAAGCAGCAGGAGUUGCAGAUGAAGAAACAGCUCGUUCUGUACUCUCAGAAGUUUGAUGAGUUCCAGGGAACCCUGGCCAAGAGCAACGACAUAUACGCCACCUUCAAACAAGAGAUGGAGAAGAUGACCAAGAAGAUGCAGACCUUGGAGAAAGACUCAACCACUUGGAGGACACGCUUUGAAAACUGUAACAAAGCCCUCGUGGAUAUGGUGGCAGACAGAGCAGCGAAAGAUAAGGAGUUUGAGCUCUUCACUCUCAAGAUUGACAAGCUGGAGAGGCUGUGCCGGGCGCUGCAGGAUGAGAGGAGGUGCCUCUACAAGAAGAUCCAGGAGGUCAAGCAGUCGAACGACGAGGUCGAGGAGACCCUGAGCAAGGCAGAGACCACUCUGGAGACCCCUGCACCUGCCUCCACUUCCAUCACCGUCGACACCUCCGUCCCCGUUCCCGCCCAAAUCUCCGCCCCUGCCCCCGUCUCCGUCCCCACCCCUGCCCCCAUCUUGGCCUUAGACGACUUGCCCCUGACGCAGGAGAUAGCCCGUUUCCAGGCAGAGCAGGCCCGUCUGCAGGAGUUUGCCGCCUCCUUCCUGGUCUCAGGCAUGACCGAUGACGGGGACGAUGAUGAUGGCAGCCACGUGGAAGAGACCGCUGAAUUCAUGACCACUCUGCAGACCCCUGACAAGGCAGGUCCUGCACCUUCUGACAGCAAGCCAGCCGAACCCCCUUCUGUCCAAUCAGGUCCCACUGAGGAGACAGCUCAGGAGAAGCAGGACGGUGACAAAACCCAGUGAACAGCAAAGCAAAGUUUGUUUUUAUCCUAGAGGUGGCUUUCAUAGCUGAAAUAUUUCAUUCAGUUCUUUAGUCCACACUGGUGGAUUUUAAGGUGUGAUGUGCAGUAGAAGGUAUAUGUUUACUUGUAUACCAGUUGGCUGCAAACAGCUAUUUUGACUGUUUUGUACAGUAUGCUGGCCUCAGGGCAAAGCAAGGAUAGUGAGUCGAUUAGUCAACUGCCUUGACAAUGCAAUUUAUGACUAUGCACUACCAAAGAAAAAAUAAAAAGUGACCUUUGCCAUUUUAAA